UCGUUUCGCGUUUCAAGGACGUCACGCGAGCAGCAGGACAGCGACCUUCCUCACCGCUCGCCAUUCGCGUCUUCUAGCGUUGCGCACGCAAUACAAACAUCGAGGAAUUACAGAUGGAGUAUGUUUGUGUCUACAGAAGAGAGUCUAGACAUGCAGUGUUGAUGCUCAUCGUCUUACACCUUGUAACAUCAGUUUUUUCGUCAAACGUGUCAAGCGCAUUAGUCGUUGAUGCUAGCAGCUUUUUUGUGUCUUCAGACUCUGUGCAUGUCGACAGCAGCAGCUCAAGUGCUUUCGUUUUCUCGACAUAUGCGAGUGUUCUUUCUCAACAGGUGCCGAUCAAUGCUAGCAGUGAGAGAGCGCCGCUACCGGAAGUAUCCAGGAACUUAGCUUCUUUGGGUGCUUCGACAGUUCGAAUGGCGACAAGUCGAGGAAAUUCUUCGCUCUUUGGCGGUAGUUUCAUGACGUUUGGUGAAUCCAGUGGAAAGUCGAUUGAGAGAAGAGGGACCAGUGAAGUCAUAAAAGUCACAACUUCCGGGUUUGAAACCACAUCUCAUGUUCACACCUCGAGUGGAGACCAUAAUCCAACUGCAAGUAUUACCGUUAACGAGAUGUCUCUAACAAACGUGUUUUCAUCAUCCGGAGUGCCUUCCAAACCUGAUCAAUCAACGUCUGUGUUGUCUUCCUUGCAGCCCACCAGUGAGUCUGUCAUUUCUUUGACACCAUUUGAAGUUCUAGUGUCAUCAGAAGCCACAGUGUCUCUACAGUCGGAAUCUGGAGUGUCAGAGUCUUUUACCUUUAUUAGUGAAAACUUACUAAAGCAACAAUUAUCUACUGCUACAAGUGCGUCUGUGAGUAAAACACGGAAAAAUGGUAACAUUAUUAGCAGUACUAUAGAUGGAGGUCUGCAGACUGAUGCGUUGGUGAUUCUGAUGUCGACUGAUGUACCUUUCACGAGUGAUGUUACUCUCAUUUCUCCAUCAGAGACAACACCAGAGGCUUCGUUUUCUCAUCAAACUGUUCAAGUACAAGCAACAUCAAUUAUUAGUAAAGAUGUGGAUAUAAACCCCACACCAGUUUCUGUCACAUCAAAUUUAUAUACAGCAGUGAAAGCACCAGAAGCAUCAACACUUUCUAAUUUAACUCAAAAGGCAAACAUAAGUCGUGCCUUUUCUUCUAGUUUUAUUCAAGUUGGUGCAGCUUCCACUCAAGUCAGCAUGUCUGAGUUUACUCACGGUAGACUUCAAAGCUCGCCAGUCGUCCGUUUGGAGUCUCAAACAUCAACAGCAGAGCUUCAAAAUGCAACAGUUGCCGGACUACAAACGACGUCUACUGGUCAAAAUCGAAUGAUAACAGCCACGCCCACACCAUUUUCUGUUCUAUCGAGUCUCUCUGAAACAGCAAUAAUUGCAAGACAAACAUCAACACCUUUAACUUCAAUCCUGGAAACAGCAACAACGCAAUUGAUUGAUGUGAUGUUUACAUCGAGUGCAGACGUCAUAACGACGUCUUUCUUUGCUAUGCCUUCUCAUCCUAAUUCAUUUACUGCAUCAGAAUUUACUCAGAGUAAACAAAUGGAGCGUCAAAGCCCACCAGUUCUGCCACUUCAAACUUCAGUUGUCACAUCACACUCAUUGGCUGGUAUAUUUGCCAUUGACUCAUCGAUGUUUACAGAUGCAGCGGAGACGAGUCAAGAAAUUAUGAUUCCCAGUGUGUCUUCUACAUUUCUUGGUGGAUUCCAGAUGUCUGCACGUGUGGCAAGUUUGUCACUUGGAGAUCAAUUGCAAGCCACAAAAUCAGUUGUGAUAACAGCAAGUGCGUCUGCUGGAUUCGAACACGUCUCGUCGACUGUAGACUCUCCGUCCAAUUUGAGCAUCACACAAGCAUCAACAUCCAGUAUGUCAUUGUUGAAUAAUAUCAACAUGUCAACAGUUAGUCCACUGAUGAGUUUACCAACGAGUCUUACACGUCCGCUUACCAUCAAUGCAACAGAAAUGGUUGCAAACAGUUUCAGUCCGAUUGUAAAGCCAUCGGCGGCCAGACAUCAAUUUUCAGUUGCUUCACAAUUAGCAGCAUCACCAACUGUGAUGUCAGCAAAAAUACCAAAAACAGCAGCACCAUUAAUGCUCUCUACUCAAACAUUGAAUAGUUUGAGUAUUUCUGUGUCUACCAUCAGAUCAAGACCGUUCAAUGCCACGAGUGUUUCUAUGGUGUUUCCAGGUUUUACGACGAGUGACGUUUCUGUGUCAAUGGAAAGUGUAUUGGCUACUUUACGGCAAAGGAAUGCAACAGAUGUGGUGACAAGUUUGCUGUCGUCCGUCAGUCGUACUGGUAUGCUUACAACUGAUUGUACUUUGGUAUCUGUUGGUGUGUCUUCGAUGCUGCACACUAGUGGUGGUCAGUCGUCAAGGACUCUUGUGACCACAGUACCCCCUCCAGUGGUCACAAGGUCCCCUUCUCAUUCCUCUGCAGUACCAACCUUUAUUUGGAUCAUUGUUAGCACUUCAGUACUCAUCUUGCUGUUACUGCUUCUCAUCAUAGCAGGCUACUGUUAUCGCAACAGUAAAAAGCAAAAAUUAUUGACAUCAAUGAGUUUCGAUAUUACAUGGAUGCAGGAGAAAGAGCAAAUUCCAGAUUUUGAUGGGGAGGCAGUUGGCAUACAGUUGUCACCAGUAAAGAGAGCGUUUAGGGCAGAGAGUAGAAGUACAGAAAUGUUGCACAUGUCGUUCAUAGAUAAUGGCACACCUAAUCAAACUGAAAUCAAGAACGAUCAGAGCUCUGAGUCAAGCUUAAGCCGCUCCCAAUCACCAGCCAUUGGUCUUGACUAUCAGUCAUCCAUAAAUCGAGCACAAACAGCGAUAGCAUCUGCAAUGUCAGCACCUCGGCCCAUACCUGAAGAGGACAAACACAGUUGCAGUUCAGACAAAAAUAUAUUUACAGCAGAGAAACAAGCAACAUUCAGUCCUGUUGACAGUUUGAGUGACAACAAUGUAGCUACUGUCAUUUCGAUGCCGAGUGGUAUGGAUUAGUUAAUAUUAAUUACUUAGACUAGAGUGACAUUGAUUGUCAUCCAACUUGUUUUGUUGACUUGAUACGACAGAGUUUAGUGAUUAUAGUUGCAAUGAAUGGCUGAAUUUGUUUUACAAAUUAGAUCGAGUUCGUGUAAUGAAGUUGCUUUAUUGAAGCAUUUGCAUCAGUCUCAAGCUGAUCUAUAGACUUCAGUACUUGUAUACUGCGCUCAACUUGUACUGAGGCUAGAAUGAUGUUUGAGA